UGGUAAAAGCAAAAAGUCAAAAAGAAAGGGACACUUCAUGAACAGGAGUGGAAGAAGAAGAGAAUAGAAGAGAAGAGCGUUUGGUGUUGUGUUGUGUUGUGUUGCCGCUUUUCGAUUGAUUCACCGAUCGGAACCGAAUGGGGAUUCUGUACGCGCUGGUAGGUCGCGGAUCGGUGGUGCUGGCGGAGUACAGCGGCACCACCACCAACGCCAGCGCAAUCGCGCGGCAGAUUCUCGAGAAGAUCCCAGGCAACAACGACACGCACGUUUCCUACUCUCAGGAUCGCUACAUCUUCCACGUUAAACGCACCGAUGGACUCACCGUUCUCUGCAUGGCUGACGACACUGCCGGCAGGAGACUUCCUUUUGCGUUUCUCGAGGAUAUUCAUCAGAAGUUCGUGCGGACUUACGGACGAGCCGUUCACUCCGCGCAGCCUUACGGAAUGAACGAGGAGUUCUCUAGGGUUUUGAAUCAGCAGAUGGAGUAUUACUCCAGCGAUCCCAACGCCGAUAGGAUCAAUCGGCUCAAAGGUGAAAUGUCUCAGGUACGAAAUGUCAUGAUAGAAAAUAUUGACAAAGUUUUAGAUAGAGGUGAUCGGUUGGAGUUGCUGGUGGAUAAAACUGCCAAUAUGCAAGGAAAUACAUUUCGUUUCAGGAAGCAAGCUCGCCGCUUCAGAAGCACCGUCUGGUGGAGAAAUGUCAAGCUCACGAUUGCACUUAUUGUCCUCCUACUCGUGAUAGUUUAUAUUGUGCUGGCUUUUGUUUGCCAUGGGCCCGCGCUACCAUCUUGCUUUUAGUGAAGGAUUGGCAAGUGAAUUCUAUGUGUGCUUCCUUGUCGUCUUCAACUUGCAGACGUCACUUCUUUUUUAUCUGCCUCUGAUUUGCGGAUUCCAUUUCUUCAACUAUAUUACUGGGUUGUCCACUUUUCUGCUACUGAAGUUCUUGCCAUAGAUUGAAGUGUUUUCUUUUUUUUUUUCAUAUAAAGUUUGAGGGGGCAGAAAACUUAUGUCAUUUACUGUAUUCUCAUACCAGCCCAAAGAUUUUAGUUGAUGUACAGUGUUGCAGCUUGAGGGUGUCAAUGUGUCAUGAAUGUUCUCUUGUUCAAGACGGGAAAGGGCAAGUCUUAAAUUCCAUUUGUUUCUUCAAAGCUCAGCGAACCGGUAUUCUUAAACUUCUCGGCCCUUGUUCUCUCUGUGAAAUUGAUGCACGUGAACUGCAUCAGCUUAAUGUAUAUUUUUCUUUUUAAUUUAUCCGACUUCCCCUCUUUUUAACGUUCUUGCUGAACCUUAAGAUUGCA